GGAGAGACCGACGCCGGGGAGGGCCAGCAUGCUCCCACUGCUGCACCCCGCCCUGCUGCUGCUCCUGGGCGCCACGCUGACCUUCCGGGCGCUCCGGCGCGCGCUCUGUCGUCUGCCUCUGCCCGCGCACGUGCGCGCCGACCCCCUGCGCACCUGGCGCUGGCACAACCUGCUGGUCUCCUUCGCCCAUUCCAUUGUGUCAGGGAUCUGGGCUCUGCUGUGUGUAUGGCAAACCCCCGAGAUGCUGGUAGAGAUUGAGACGGCUUGGUCGCUUUCUGGCUAUCUGCUCGUUUGCUUCUCCGCAGGUUAUUUCAUCCACGACACGGUGGACAUCGUGGUUAGUGGUCAGGCUCGAGCUUCUUGGGAAUACCUGGUCCAUCAUGUCAUGGCCAUGGGUGCCUUCAUAUCUGGCAUCUUUUGGAGCCGUUUUGUCGGCGGGGGUGUCCUGACACUGCUGGUCGAGGUCAGCAACAUCUUCCUCACCAUUCGCAUGAUGAUGAAGAUCAACAAUGCCCAGGACCUCCUCCUCUACAAGAUCAAUAAGUAUGUCAACUUGGUCAUGUACUUCCUCUUCCGCCUGGCCCCUCAGGCCUACCUCACCUACUUCUUCAUGCAGUAUGUGGGUCAGAGGAGCCUGGGUUCCUUUCUGCUGGGCAUCCUGCUCAUGCUGGACAUCAUGAUCCUCAUCUACUUUUCCCGCCUCCUCCGCUCGGACUUCUGCCCUGAACGUAUGACCAGCCCACAGCACAAAGACAAGUUCUUGACAGAGUGAGAGUGAGGGGCAGAGCCUGGGACUUGAGGCAAGGACAGCAAAGAACCAAGGAGAACAGCCUCAUGAAUAAACUGAUGAGCCCCAAACCUGGGGCAUCCAGCUUCUCCACCUUUCAAGCUUGCACCCACGAUUGAAAACACUAAUGAAAGCUCUCCUCUGAAGUCCUUGUCCUUUCUUGGGCAAGGGGUGAGGGAAGCAGACAGACCGGUUGGACACGGUAGAUGGGUGUGGGGACAGUGCUACCCGAAAGCCAGCCAACCCAUAUUGCCCUGAAAUGGAUGCUGAUGAAAACUCUGGGUACUGGUUUCAUACAGACUUCUUCCAGGGAUAAAGGAAGGGGUUCUUAUAAAA